ACACCAGGAGCAAACAGACGGAUAUGGCGCAGCGACAGGGGCAACGCUAAACAUCUAAGGGGAUUUAAUUCCGUGGAAGUUUCUGAAAAGGUGUCGGGAUACUAAAAUGUGUGUGUGAAAUGGUCUCACUUUCGGGAUCUUGGAAGACUACUGCAUCAUUGAUGAAUACAACGUGGCUGGGGUUAAGGAAUACCUUCCAUUGCAUUCAUAAACAUUUCUUUAGGACUCACAACCCUUGAGUUGUCUGUGAUUCAGAUAAACAGCAACUAAUUCAUUUUGUUCAACGCACAAUAAGAUGGCUGAAAGAAUAACAAGGAAUAGCGAUUUAGCGCUAGAUGUUGGCAGACUUCGAGAUGAACAUAAAAAGGUGGUGAAAGGCUGUGAGGUCCAGAUUGAACACUGGCAAAAAGUUGAGCAUGACUACGAUUCUCUUCAGGAGCGCCUCAAAACCCUCCCUGAACAGCUGUCUUAUGACAUCAUGGUACCGUUUGGGCCUUUGGCCUGCAUGCCAGGAAAGCUGGUUCACACCAAUGAGGUGACUGUUCUGUUGGGUGACAACUGGUUUGCCAAGUGCUCUGCCAAGCAAGCUCAAAACAUAGUGGAACACAGAAAGAAACAUGUGAAGCACACUCUUGAUGACUUGCACAAAACGGCGAAAAACUUUGAAAACAGAGCCAGCUUCACAAAUGACCUGCAGAAGAUCUCAGGGGGUAAAGGGGACUAUGUGGACAUCAGAGAGGUGGUGGUGAAUGAGGAAGCGUUGACCAAAGGAAAGCAGCGUGUGGCCCACAAGCCGCACACCAAGCCGAAGAUCGAGCACGUGUUGAACCUGGAGGAGGAGGAGGAGCUGAAGAACGGGGGUGGAGCAGGAGGAGAAGACGAAGGUGGAGACAGCGGUAUGGGCUUUUUGUCCGAAGAAGAGCUAUGGGCUAGGUUGGACGCGCUCGAGACUCAGGAGGAGCAUCAGGAUGAACGCGACCGGACGUGUGACAGCACUGACACAAACGGGGAGGACACCUCAUCUUCCUCAGAGGAGGAGAAGGAGAGAGAGGGCAUGGGGCAGACUAAUGGCAGCACUGAAGACCAUAUGACAUUAGACACACACAGCAGCCGGGUCAACGGAGUCACACACACACACCAUGAGGAAGAAGAGGAGGAGGAGGAGGAAGAGGAGGAUCCUAACGCUCUUCCCACCAUCUACUUCUCUCACACCGUGGAGCUCAAGAAGGUGCGGAUCAACACAGGAAAGAACACUAUGCUGAAGUUCAGUGAGAGAAAGGAGCAGAAGGAGCAGGCCAAGAAGAAGAAGAAAAAUGGCAAAGCUAACGGCCACUCGCUCCACGAGCACCACAAGAUCACUACACCAGCUGACAUUUACAGGUUGUUUGUGGAUGUGGUGAACGGCGAGCUCAUCCCACGGAAGUCCAUCCUCAAGUCUCGGAGCCGGGAGAACAGCGUGUGCAGCGACACAAGCGAGAGCAGCGCCGCCGACUUCGAGGAGCGGCGCUCAGCCCUGGGCCGCACGCUCAGCCACGACGACGCCACACACAGCGACACCAGCGACUGCGUCACCGAGGAGGACAGCCCUCCAGGGAUCCCACUGCAUCCUGGGAGCCGCUUCGAGGCGUUCUCUGGCACAGUGGUGGAGAAAGACCCCCUGCCCUCCUCUAUGCCCCACCUGACCUUUGCCCAACCUGCUUUACCCACAAUCCUCGAGCGCAAGUCGGAGGAGCUGUGCACUGAGACACCUCAAGAGCCGCCUAAGAGGGUGUCCAAGUUCAAAGCUGCCCGGCUGCAGCAGAAAUGAGGACAGCUACACACAACACACUCUCUCACUUAAACACAUUCUCUUACACACACACACAAUUCAACAACCCACACCUUUUUUACGUAGCACUUCGCUCCCUGUCCUUCGACUCUAAGACCAGUCUUCGAUUCCUUGUUUUCCACCUCACGAAGGCCUCUUUUCUUCACCUGCCUCACAGCCUUUUGCCAUGUUCAUCCUCCCAGAUCAUGUGAGCAGCCAUGUUGCUGACCACCCUGACAUAUAGCAGCACUUUCGUUCUGAUGCUCUGCUCCAUCAGUUGCCUUGUGAGAGAGCGCAGUAACAAGGCAACACUGGUCCACGCCUCCCCACCACCCUCUCUCCCUCCUAAUCUCCUUAUAAAGUCCAACACUCCACAUUUUUUGAUCACAGACCUCUAUUGCUAUUUCACUGCUCUGGCUCAUAGUCUAAUCUCUGGACCAGUGCAUGCUACCAUCAUCAUCCAAAUUACGAUACUUUUAUGUCAUAAUUCAAUUCUGCGUUUGUGAUCCUAUGUUCAGAGAAUGCGAGGAGUUGUGGAUGAAUUAUAUCAUUUGUCAUCAGCCCCACAAUCAGCCACUGGUUGUAAUCCUCAGGUGUGAAGCUCACAGAGGAAUCAAAGCUGCCUGGCUUCCUCGUAACUACCACCAUCAUUUUCAAAGGGCCUCUGUGUGUGUGUGAGAGAGCAGUGGUAGAAGACAGUAAUGGUCUGCCUGUCCCCCCCCCCCCCCUCCAAAUCCUCUGCUUACAGCUUUUGUAGUUCUUCAUGCAGCUUCUGUGACUGACAUAUGCAAUGUGCUGCUUUCGCCUUGCUGCUACGCCCCCUGCCUUUUCAGCUCCUUAUUUAUAUGGCCCUACUGUCUCUCCCAGCUAAAGAAGAGAAGGAGCUAUAGUAGUAGCUAUAGGAAGUACCUAUUUUUGUGCCCUGAAGUACUGAACCAGUAUAUUUACAAUAAAAGCCAGAGGCCGAUUAUGAAUUGGUCAAGCCACGGGAUUUGUUAAACAAUUUUGUUAGUUUGAUUAGAUUCUGAGUUUUGUUUUGUUGUUUGCUGUUGUUUUUCCUUUUCUACACUACCUUUCUGCUGCAGGAUUAGACAGGGGCUUCGACACCAAACAGCCUCUUUGCACCCCUCUCUGCUCUCUCCGGGUCUUACUUUGUCAUUUUGAAUGUACUGUACACUGUUAUGACUGAAAAAAAAAUGUUGCUGUGAACUGGAGAAGGACAGAAAAUAAAUCGGUUGUUCUUGGAA